AUGACUCGUCUCAUCGUUAUCGCCGUUCUCGGGCUAUUCGUCAGCCAAGCUCUUGCCGUAACCAGUUGGUCUUCUGUCUCCACCAAUGGAGUAAACACCGUUGGAUCCUAUGGAACCGUUGGUACUGCCGGGCUCGGUGGACCAGGUCUUGGAGGACCACCACUCGGAGGACCAGGAAUCGGAGGCCCAGGAGGUUACGGACCAUACGGAAGAUACGGAGGCGUAGGCUAUGGAGGAUAUGGUCGCUAUGGUCGUUUCGGAUACGGAGGCUACGGCGGACCAAGAUUCGGAGGACCAAUCCACCAUCACCAUCAUCACGGACCCCCACCACCACCAUACUACGGAAGACCAUUCUAA